UAGGCAGGCCAGGGCUCCUUCCGGCCAGGGGGCGGGCUCUACGCGGUGGCGGGAAAGCGGCGGACACUGCGGUGUUUUCUCGGAAGCUGAGAGAUCUGAGGCGGCGGCGGCGAGUCCUGGGUCGGCCGGUGGCUACGCCAUGGACGCAGCGGAGGUGGAGUUUCUGGCCGAGAAGGAGCUGGUCACCAUCAUCCCAAACUUCAGCCUGGACAAGAUCUACCUCAUCGGGGGCGACCUGGGGCCUUUCAACCCCGGCCUACCGGUGCGGGUACCUCUGUGGCUGGCAGUCAACCUGAAGCAGAGACAGAAGUGUCGGCUGCUCCCGCCCGAGUGGAUGGACGUGGAAAAGUUGGAGAAGAUGCGAGAUCAUGAACGAAAGGAAGGAACUUUCACGCCUAUGCCCAGCCCUCACUACAUGGAGCUCACCAAACUGCUGUUAAAUCAUGCUUCGGACAACAUCCCGAAAGCAGACGAGAUCCGGACCCUGAUCAAGGACGUGUGGGACACUCGCAUAGCCAAGUUCCGGGUGUCUGCUGACAGCUUCGUGAGGCAGCAGGAGGCACACGCCAAGCUGGAUAACUUGACCCUGAUGGAGAUCAACACCAGCGGGGCUUUCCUCACACAAGCGCUCAACCACAUGUACAAACUCCGCACAAACCUGCAGCCUUCGGACAGCACCCAGUCUCAGGACUUCUAGGCAGGGACCGCUUUGUCCAGGCCCGCGCCUGCCGGCAGGAGGCUCCUCAGGCGGCGUGAGCGUUCGGGACAUGGCAGAUACUCACGUUUCUGGAAUCCUAGACCACUUCUGAAUCUACGAAACAAAGUGCAGUGAAGGAAGGAACGGGUUUAUAACCUGGUUGGAAAGCGACAGGCUCAUGCUCAGUUGAGACGUUCUGUAGCCCCUUGUCUGUGUCUGGGAGCCAGCUGCCUUUUUGGGGAAGCAGCAGCACUGGCAGAACGGGCGCGUUCCCCAGCGGAGCCCCACCUCCUGCGCGGGACGGUCGCGUGCAGGCGAGUGCUCGGUGAUGUCGGGUGUUGCUUUAAGAUAAGAGACGGCAGGACGGUGAUGUGGCCACGGCCUUUCUCCUGGGCUACAUUCAGAGCCUUCCACAGAGACUGCACACUGCGCAGGGCAGCCCACAAGCGCUCAGCUAGUGACGGCGACUCACCAUUAAGCCCCAAUACACAGUAAAGGCGGAAUCACCCGAUUCUCUGUGGGUUUUUCCCGCAUCACUCCCACAUGGAGGGAGCAGGCUCAGUGGCUAAAGGCUCUGACAGCAGACUGAGAGGCUUAGCAGACAGCGUGCCCUUCCCAGCCCCACUCUGCGUGUUUCUUGUUUGCUUGGCUGCUUCUGGGAAAGGGCUAAAAGGUUGUUUCUCAGCAAGAAAGUAGGGGAAAUUAAUUCCAUGUGUGUGUAAGUGAAGCUGAAGAUGCGAUGCCAGGGGAAAAUGGGGCCUGUGCUGUGUUUCUUGGUGGACUGAGGGGACAGCCUGCUUGAGGCAGCUGUGGCUCAGGCCAGAGGCCUGUUUUUCCCUGGGAGGAGCAUCUUCAGCUGUACCACCGCUCGAUUGCUUACAGAAAGUACUUUCCCUCAAGUCGGGGGUCGGGGGGCGAUGACUGUCCAGUCCUGUAACGAGAGGGUUCAAUCACCAGCUGGUUCUCGAGGGUUUCUGAAGGGGCGUAUGUGUGUGAUCAUGUGACCAACUGGGCCCUGCUGGUGUUUUUACCCUUCAGUGUUUAAAACUCAACUUACUUCAAGUUACCUGGGCGCUAUUUGUCCAUCCCAGGUGGGUCCCCAGAUGUCCCUCUAAACAGCAGCUCGUGUUUAAACACUGAAGGGCCACACACAGAGGGACUAUGACCCAGAACACGUGGUCUCCGUAGUUUCAUCCCUUCUCCUAAAACCGGGCUGAGGUCCAGUUGAUUCUGUCUUCACACUUUACUUGUAAAGCUGUAGAAUCGUUGACUUAUUUUUUCCCCUUACUAUAACAUAAAAAAGAUUUUUCUCUUAACAUGAUUUAGGAAGAUUUUAUUUUCUGGAUGUUGUCAGAAAUUACAGCAAUAUAUUCAUAAAUACCUAAUUACUACAUUCAACAAAUAAUAUUACAGUACAGUUAAUUCAAACAAGUACACUUAGAACAGGUUUAAUUUCACAGCAUCUAAACUGCCCCCAGAGUGACCGAGGCACCGUUCCUCCUCCCCCCGAGUCCUGGUUGGCUGUCCUAGCAGUUAGCACAGGCGCAGCAGAGCAGCACCGUGGGCUGGUAGCAUGGGCCUCCUCAGCUCAGGCAGAGUUCAGGAGCCUAGUUCAGCACUGGAUCGGAAGCUGGGGACAGGCUACUGCAAGCAGUGACGUCAAUAGCUUGGUUACUAGAAGAGUAGGGGGCUGCUGCUAAGUGGCUAAUCUACACUGUAAGAGGAGCAACUUCCUGUGCUAGCCAUCCCCAUCUGGUGGUGGGUCCCUGGAACUGUCUACACUUUUAAACCGAGGCUCAGAGGGAAACGGGCUAUGUGGCUUAGAUUUAGAGACGAGGCAGCAUCGUGAGCUACUCGAUGGAAUGCCACCCCACACACAGACUCAGAUUACCUGUUAUUAUUUGUUAGUUUGCUGAAGGUGUGGGCUCCUUUUAAUAGUCUUUGAAUUUCCCUGAGGGUAUAAUCUUUUUUAGCACUUUGCAUGCUGCCAAUUGUUGCAUUUCUUUUAGAAUAUAGACUAAACUAUUGGUCACUUAUGUGAGGUAACAGAUGAUGAUACUUUAUGCCAGUUUGCCUGUCUCUAUGAAACACAGACCCAUUUUCAAAUAAUCAGGUCCUGCAGUGCCAAGUGUGGGGGGGAAACUCUAGUUUGUUUGUACUGAUCUGAUUAAAUGCACAAAGCCACAUGACUCAGCUUUGGCAGGUACCCCUCAAAUUUAGCAAAACUCCUUCAGGUCACAAAAAUACUGACACAAAAGUUCCAGGAUCAGUUCUAGAGCAAAUUUGCUAUAUUUCUGAACUUUGUCUUUCAAAAAACUCACUAUGAAAUAGCUGAACAAAAAGCUUUAGGGAUUCCAUAUUUGUCAGCUUUUAAGCCUAAACUGAAAAAAGACUGAUGCUACUAUGUUCUUAAGAGUUUUCAGGUUAUAAACUGUUCAGUGUGGGGCAUGAUUGGGUAUGCUGUCUCCCAGAGAGGCACACUUCUGUUUUCACAAGACCCUCUGUUACCUUCUUUCUUUCUUCCUGUUGCCUUACUGGUCUGUAUUUAUAUUCUGAUUGUCAUAUUACUUCUUGAGCCCUAGAAUAUUCAGAGAUCCUCACAGGUAGGUGGGGGCGGUGGCGGGGGGGUGCCACUCGGAAGGGGAAAGCUGUUAAUACUAGCUCAGGGACAGAGCUGCCACCCCUGGUUAGCUGUCCUUUUUAACCUGUGUACUGCGAACUCCUCCCCAACCAACACACAGCAGCCAAGGGCGCCCCCCACCAGGCAGUGAGGGGUUGGGGCUGUGUCCAUCAGGUCUAUUCUUCCCUUUGCUUCUAGCCAAGGCCCUUGACCAGUGCCCGGGAGCAAAGGCAUCCAGACGUGCUCUAUGAUGGAGGAGGAUGACUUGGGGGGAGUGCCAAGAUGUAACCCUUAGGCCUCCAGAAACAGCAAGCAGGUUUUAAAUAGAGAAAUUCGGUGAUGUUUUGCCCUGUUGGCGGCGGGGCGCCCUCUAAACACCUGUCCCCACCUGUGGCACAUGCUGCUUUCCGUGUCUCUGCCGGGGAAGAGGCCCCCAGAACAGCUCUUAGUUCUCAAGUCGUUUCUGUAGAGAGGAAAGCACUUGCUGACUGCUGAUAAUACUGGCAGCACUUUUUUGUCUGAGUUUGCUAAUAACUGGAAGAUUCUUGGCAGGCAUACAAAGCAAACUGCGUGGGAACAGAUAAAGUGCCACCAUGCCAUCUGCCAGCAAGCUGUUCUGCACAGCUAAGGUCUGGGCUGAGGGCGUGGCCACUGGUCACAGCGCCUGGCCUUCCUGAAGGUCAGCCAGCCCAUCCCCAGGCCGGGGCAGAGGGGCGCACGCGGCCUGAUGUGUGGGUCUUCUCCCCUCCCCCAGGCACACCAACCACUGGCUGCUUUGGCCUCUGGUUUAGGCCCACUGGGGCAAGAGCUGCCUUUUUGAUCUAGAUGCAACCCAGCCUGAACCAGCAACCGGGGCAAGGAGGGCGGGCUCCCCCGGCCCCGUGCUUUGUGCUGAUACGAUUAUCCCCGUUUCCAGCGGCUCCUGUGCUCAUCACAGUGAGCCCAUGAGGAGAGGUUCUGUCGCACGUAGCUCACCGUGCCUUUAGGCUGUUACAAAGCUCUGCAUCUGAACCAAGCCCCUACUGAGUUUCUGCUUUGCUCCUGCUCACACCGCUGUGAGACACCUUGGCACCCUGUCACAGAAACUGUUCCCACCUCAAAGGUUCUUCUCACGGAGUAUGCAUGUGAAGGUGCGCAUGCAGCGCCUGCCUGGUUCCUGCUGGAGACCAGCAGCGCCUCGCUGGCCUGGGGAGCCGGGGAGGGCCCAGGGGAGAGGGAAGGAGGAACCAUGGCUUUCUACCUCACUCCGGUGCAACUCAAGAAUGAAGUGCUCGCGUAGGCGCCAGUGGUAAGCUCUUUUUACUUUUCUUCUUCUUUAAUUUUUAAAAACACUUCAAUAAUGUCCUGACCAGCAGCAGUACAAACACUAAAAGCAAGGGUUGGUUUUUUUUUUUUUUUUGCCCAGAAAAACAAAACAAAAACAAAACCCCCAAACAAGAAAACAAACAACAAAAAAUCCCCCCAAACCACAUAUUAAAAAUGGCAGGCUUUUUAUAACAAUAAUUAAAGUAAUAAAAACAUACAAAAC